CAAAACGCGAAUAUGAUGUCUUACCUUCAUCAAGCGCCUUAUCAUGUCAACGGGCUGAGUUUAACUACCACAGGAAUAGACCUGCUGCACCAGUCCGCGGGUUAUCCAGCAACUCCGCGUAAACAGAGACGAGAGCGCACCACAUUCACUCGAGCGCAGCUGGAUAUACUGGAGACCCUGUUUACAAAGACGCGCUAUCCAGACAUCUUUAUGCGGGAAGAAGUGGCCUUAAAAAUCAAUUUAUCUGAAUCUAGAGUACAGGUUUGGUUCAAAAACCGAAGAGCAAAGUGUCGCCAACAGCAGCAGCAAAACGAUACCAGCGUGCAUACUUGUAACAAACCAGCAAAGAACAAAAACCCUCCAGUCACAGAAAUGACUUCAAGCCCUUCCAGCACCUCAUUACCGGUCACAUCCAGUCCGACCGCCGCAGUGUCCAUAUGGAGCCCUGCAUCCACCUCUCCAGUCUCGGAAACACUUUCUUCCUCCUCAUCCGCCAACUUACAAAGAUCCUACCCCAUGACAUACACCCAGGCGUCGGGAUACAACCAGGGCUCGAUGUCUUACUUCAGUGGAAUGGACUGUGGCUCUUAUCUCGGGUCUGCGCAUCAUUAUCCACUCGCCUGUUCUGCGCAGGGUUACGCGCCCACGGGUCUCGGGUUCAACGCAUCCUCGGACUGCUUGGAUUACAAGGAGCAAAACGCUUCGUGGAAGUUCGGUUUCAACUCAGACUGUUUGGAUUACAAAGAUCCCACGUCGUCCUGGAAAUUCCAGGUGUUGUAA